AUGAGUUUCUGCAAUUUGUUGAGGGUUCCUCUCAUUUUUAUUAUAGACCAACUAUUUUAUAGUAGUUUUGAGUUUCCAUAUUUAUCUGAUGCAAUAUUUCCUGUAAAUAGCACACUCAGUCAAGUUGAUAUCAGUGAGUCUGAACAAUAUUACAAAGCUUUCUUCAAAAUCAUACCAUGUUUAAUGUUUUGUGCAUCAUUAAGUUUAUUGGUUCUAAAUGUAAGGUAUUUAUUCAUACUAUACCUUCAAGGAGUUUCUGUUUAUGUUGUAUUUUAUUCUUACUGGGCAAACAUUCAAACAAUAGAAGUUUUAUCAGGAAAAUAUGAAAAUUUUAAUGGAGACAUUGUAAAUGAAGUUAUAACAUGGAAUGUUGAUGGAAUAAUACAUCUUUUUACACAUUCACAAUUAUACCAGUUAUUCUGCAGUAUAAUGUUACAAUAUUUUCUAUCAUUAGUAUUUGAAUUUGUUCACGUUUUCACUACUGAUCAUUCAAUACAUAAUUUUUUCAAGUAUAGCUUUUUAAUUCCUACUUUAGUUGCAUUAAUACUCAAAACGAGUAACAUUUUAAAUACAGUAACUAUGUUAUCAACAUUGUUGCAAUUGUUUGUUUUGAUAAAAACAUUUUGGUUUAUUGUAUUUAUGAUGACAGAUUUAAUUCGGGAUGGAUAUAACUAUACACAAGAGAUCAUCAAUAAUCUUGGAGUAUUUUUUUUGAUUGAAACCGAAUGGUCUCGGCUUAAUAUGUCAAGUGUCUUACGAAUAUUUUGGGCAACUAGAGUACUAAUUCACAUUCUACACAUGCAAUAUAUAGAAAUAAAAAAUGAAACUUUGUUUGAAGCUAUAAAGUAUUUAUUAAUAAAAGGAAACGACACAUUUAUAGCGGUUUUGGGGAUGACAAGUUUUGUAUCAUACUUUUGUGAUUAUAUAGGAGCAUUCUUCCAUUGGGUGCUGUUGGUUGAUGAGUUUGAUGACAUAAGUGGUGGAAUAAUUUCUGCAAUAUUAUUUGUUAUGCUAGCUUUACAAACUGGUAUAACAGGAUUAGAUUCAGAAAAUCGUUUAAUAAAACUCUUUGAAAAUAGUUUUUUAAUUUGUGCUAUCUUACAACAAUACAUUCUUAAUAUGGUUAAUGAAUUAUUAAUGUUUUUAACUGCUUCGUACAAUAUUUCACUUAAAAGGCAUUUAAGAGCUCUCUUAGUUUGCGGAUUUCUUAUAGUGCUAUCAGUAACUAUUUUAAUAUAUUUGUGGUCUAACCAUUCAGUUAGUCCUUGGCUACUAUCAGUUUCUUCCUUGAAUAUUGUAACUAUUAUAAAAGUAUUGGUAUCAUUGGCUGUCUAUUCAUUAUUAUUAAUUGAUACUUAUUGCUCUAAAGCCUGGGAGAAAUUGGAUGAUUAUGUGUACUACAUCAAUUCAUUUGGAAACAUAGUAGAAUUUUGUUCUUCCAUAUUUCUUCUUCUGAAUAGUAUUUAUAAUGUGAGUUUUGUAUCUGGUGGUAAAAUUCGUGCAUUCAUUAUUUGUGUACAAGCAUAUUCAAACACAUGUCAAGCCAGAACAAAAUGGGAAGAAUUCACUAAGCGCAGUACAGUUAUGAAAAAAAUUGAAUCAUUAUCACAAGCAACUAAUAUUCAAUUGUCUAAAUUUAAUGAUGUUUGUGCCAUAUGUCAUGAAAAUAUGAGAUCAGCAAGAAUAACUAAAUGCAAUCAUUAUUUCCAUGGCGAAUGUCUGCGUAAAUGGUUCUAUGUAAAUGAUCAAUGUCCAAUGUGUCAAUGUGUCAUGGUACUUCAAGCAACAGAGUAGAAAUAUAAACAAAUCUAGACAUAGAACAUAAUCAACUUUCAAGAUCUUAAAAACAAUAUUUAUAGUGAUAAUUAUUAGUUAUUUUGUACUGAUUAGAUUUU